CUCAGUGGGGCCUCCCCCGGGUUAGCCGGACCAAGAUGGCGACAGUGAGGGUGCCGCUGCGGCAGAGACUGGUGGGCUUGGCUUCCGUCAGGGCUGUCAGCACCUCAUCCUUGAGUACUUUCCCAAAGCAGGUGAAAAUUGUGGAAGUUGGUCCCCGAGAUGGACUACAAAAUGAAAAGAAGAUUGUACCUACUGCAGUGAAAAUCAGGAUGAUAGACAUGCUUUCUGAAGCAGGACUCCCCGUCAUAGAAGCCACCAGCUUUGUGUCUCCCAAGUGGGUCCCUCAGAUGGCUGACCACACCGAAGUCUUGAAGGGCAUCCAGAAGUUUCCUGGCAUCAACUACCCAGUGCUGACCCCAAAUUUCAAAGGCUACCAGGCAGCGGUGGCUGCUGGAGCCAAGGAGGUGAGCGUCUUUGGAGCUGCCUCCGAGCUCUUCACCAGGAAGAACAUCAACUGCUCCAUGGACGAAAGUAUCCAGCGGUUCAGCCAGGUCUUGCAGGCAGCCCGGGCAGCCAGCAUCCCUGUGCGGGGGUAUGUCUCCUGUGUGCUUGGAUGCCCCUAUGAAGGGAAGAUCUCCCCGGCCAAAGUAGCUGAGGUCAGUAAGAAGAUGUAUGCCAUGGGCUGCUACGAGAUCUCCCUGGGGGACACCAUCGGCGUGGGCACCCCUGGACUCAUGAAGGAGAUGCUGUCUGCUGUCAUGCACGAGGUGCCGGUGUCUGCCCUCGCCGUCCACUGUCAUGACACCUACGGCCAGGCCCUGGCCAACACCUUGAUGGCCCUGCAGAUGGGAGUGAGCGUCGUGGACUCUUCCGUGGCGGGACUCGGAGGCUGUCCCUAUGCACAGGGGGCGUCGGGAAACCUGGCCACCGAGGACUUGGUCUAUAUGCUGGCGGGCUUGGGCAUUCACACGGGCGUGAACCUCCAGAAGCUCCUGGAAGCUGGAACCUUUAUAUGUCAAGUCCUUAACAGAAAAACCGGUUCCAAAGUGGCUCAGGCUACCUGUAAACUGUGAGCCCCUUGCCCACCAGAAGCUCGGGGACUGUGUGGGACGGGGGCACGCCUGGAUGAUUCACUGACGGGCUCGUGGAAAUGGGAACAAAAUGGACAGGAAUGGGCACCUCACCACCAGCCCUGCACACAGCUCUCUCCUGGUAGAAGGGCGAGGGACAGGAGUUCCUUGGCCUCAGGCCCUCCCUGCCAGACCUGAGUAGGACUAAGAGGCUUGGGGGCCUCGGGGCCUCCCUUUACCGUGGACCCAACAGCCCAGGAGUUGAAUCCCUGGGGCCACUUGGGAACCCAGUUCCCUGGCUUGGGCUGAUCCUCAGGUCUUUUCUCUGGAUGAAAUCUGACAGGUGACUGCACAGCUCAACCCAGCUGUGGCCUUGGUGCCACUGCUGUCUGACUUCAGAGGGCAAAAGGGCAUGGAGGGGUUUUUCCCCAAGCUGGCAGAGGGCAUUUGCUGAAGGGGUGAAGGCUCAGUUCUGUGUUGGCCACCUGCCAACCCUAGCCUCUAUGGAAAACCACUCUGAACAUGAUUUUUUAAAACAGCUGUGUAAUUAAAAGUUUAAUGAUGCUGAACCA